CAUUUAUCAGGUUGCUUUGUUGAUUCAGAAGAUCAUUCCAUUUAACAAAGAUUGACAAGAAGUACCCACAGAAAAGAGCCAGACAAGAUUCAACCAACUGGGAAUUGUUCUCUCAUCCCAAAGGCGAUUGAAGUUUCAAGAUAGUUCAGGAGAAUCAUGUCAAAACCUUAUUGUGCAGAAUUUAAAGUUCAUUCCACUUAUCAAAUUGACAGGUGAUAAUCUUGACCUGUAUGUGAAGGCUUCCAUAAUGACCUCAGAGAAGAGGAAUAAGGAUAUGAACCUUUUCACUUCAAAUGUGAUAUUUCUCCGUAUUGCAACAAUAGACAUGUGCAAUGAUGUGCCAAAGGUGGAUACCAAAACUUUGACUGCAGAUAAAGUGUUACUUGCUGAAUCCUGUCCCCAGCGGAAUAGAUUAAUAUAUGCCUACCAAAUUUUACUUGGAAGAACCCUUUGCAAAAUUCCGGCAUUCAGACAAUUUCGAAAUCUGUUUCCUGACCAUAUUCCCCAUGAAUACAGUAGGAAGAUGUCUGCAGUCUCGAAAGUGUUUCCUUUGCCUGUCAUGUUUAAGAAUGAAGCAAAACAUGAGGACUGCUUAGCAAUUAUGGACAUGUAUGAAAGUGAGCUUGUGCAGUUAUACACAAAGGCAUUUGGCAGUGAGGAACUACUUCGAAAAUUCCAAUGUGUGGUCAGUGGUGACCAAUUGACCAGAGUCAGGCUACAGGAGGCAAAAAACCUACGAACACUGUCAAUUACCCCAGAAAAACGAUUUGAUGAUUUGAACCCAAUGGUAUGCGAACUGUGGCACAGUAAACAGGAUUUCUUAGAGAAAUGUUACAAGAGGCUCUACAAAAACAAAGAUACCCCUGGAACUCUGCAUUAUUUCAAAACUCUACUUCACCGUUCCAACAUCAAUGGGAUUGUAAAAGGAAGAUUCCGGCCUCAUCACAACUUGCUCAUGGUUGUUGGGGAAGCAAUGGUGAAAGAACAGUUUUUGGAAUUCUUUCAAAUGGAAGAUAAAGAUUCCAGCCCAAUCCAUGAUUUGUUAGCAGACAUAGUCAAGAAAACCGAGGAAGAGCAAAAGCAGUUGUUGUUGAAUACUCUUGCACAGUUUAUCGAAUAUUAUGGAUAUUGCAAAUGUGACAAAGGGGUUCUUCCACAAGACUUACAAGCAGUUGAGCAGUACCAGUUACAGAUAGCAGACCAAACUCUCAUGUUAGUGCCACAACUUGUUGAACGCAAAGAUGACAGACUGUACAAUUACUGCAUGCAAUUGUGUCACUGGUACAUGCACAUUGAAGAAAUGAAUGACACAGCUAAAGAGGGAGAUUUGAAUAGAGCUGUGCUUAAUUCUCAGUAUUGUCUCCCAUUCUUUUAUUCGCACUCUGCUUUAAGCAAAUAUUUAGUGGAGAACAUUGACUACAUUCUCAAAAGUGAAGUCCUGUCAUCACCACUGCAGAGAAUUAGGAUAUUGGAAGGUUCUUUCACAAACUGUCAUGGGGGAAUUGGAAAAAACGUCGAAAGUGACUUAGUGCAGGAACACAGUGUCUGCAACCAAAAGAAACUGAUCAAGUCUCUUGGUGCCAACAAGUCAGAGCAGGCUAUUUCCCGAGUCACCAAGAGUGCUGAUGCUAUUCAUCAGAUAUGUUCAAAUUUUGAUGCCAGCAUUGAACUUCAGCCAAAGAGUGGCAGACAUUCUAAGCCAUUCUCUGAAGUAGAUGAGACUCGUCUGCACAAGAUAUUAAGGAAACUAAGACCUUUUCAUUAUACCUCAGGUAGAACCUGUGAUGGAUUCAAUGUUGAUCCUGUACCAUUAAAAUCUCAAGAUAUUUCCAAACUUGAAAUUAGAUUGAACCAGAUCAUUACUCGUCUUACCCGAGGACGAACCAUAUCCACCGAGGAGGAAGACCAGCAGGAAGAGAAUGAGAUAUCGGACAAUUUACCACCUCUGUAAAAUGCAGUUUGCUAUGGACUUGGGUAAUGGUGAAACACAUUGACAGUUAUGAACACUAAACACUUGUCUGUUUUAGUGAAAAUACACCUUGUUAUUUAUUAAGUCUCUGACAACUUUAUUCUUGAAUUUUCAAGUGUUUGAUUCUGAAAGUGAUAGUGAUCCCUUUUGUCAGUGAUAGUGACUGUGGUGAUAUUACUUAGAUCAGUAAUAGUGACUGUAGUGAUAUUACUUAGAUUAGUGAUACUAAUUUUCCAAGAUAUCCGGUGUAUUUGUGUAUGUUAAACAGGGUUGUUUUAUCUUGCAGCCCAUAUUUUUAUACAUGUUAUGCCUGUGAGAAUGUUUUGUUAACAAACAUCUUUAUACCUUAUGUUAGUUAUGUAUGCUUUGAAAUUAUUUAUGUACAAUUUCCUUGUGUAAAAGAUGAUAGUGGAAUUCCUAGUACAUUAUGUAGUUUAUCAUGCUAAAACUCUGCAAAACUCUGGUUAGAAAAUGCCAACAGGGCUUGUGUCUGCCUAACUGAAAGUUUUUUUGUUUAAAAAUAACUGGUGCAAGUACUUUGUAUUAUGAGGUGAUAAAUAAAAUUGGAUAAGAAAUAAUUUUUAUGGUAUUGUAAGAUUGUAAGCCUACUUGAAUUCCCAAUAUGGAUUUCAUAUUUUUGUUCCCACGAUCACAAUGGCACAGUUCGCGUCACAAGGGUUUGGUCGCAUGUAUGUUAACGCCAUUUCAAAAACGUUAAUUCUUGCGUGUUUUGUAAAAGGUGAGAUUUGCCUUGAAUAGUGGAAUUCUUAGUAGAUUAUGUUUCUCAGUAAAUUUCAACAUUGAACAAAUAAAUGAUAUUUUAUCUC